AUGAUGGCUCGCUUUUCAUUCGCAAAAGGUCGCAAGAAAGCGCCGCCCCCGCCGGUCCUCACCGAGCCCAUGAGCAAAGCCCACAAGAUUCUUGGCUCGACCCCGAUCAACAUUGAUUUUCACAAGCCAUGGGAUGAUGCCUCGUCCGAAUACAGCGGCGGCACCGCUAACAGUACUGUCUCCAGCUAUGCCAGCUCCGACGACUCCUGUGAUCAACAUGUAGCUGUCGCACAUUCUAAGGACAAAUGGGCCAAUCAUUCACAGGUGCGGCCGGCCGCCCUUGGAUCUAGUACCCUCGACUGCGAAAGAGACAAUAACUUCAGUGGCGCGAGCCGCGGUCUGCAAAGGGCACAGUCCGCAUCUACCCUUCGACCUUAUGACAAUACAUCCAAACAACCAUUACCUAUUUCUCAGGCGACCUCAUCUUCCUCCAUGAUGAAAGGUGUGCCAUCCAAGAUACACAAGAUGCUCAACCCGGAGAGCCCCACUGUCCUCAAAACGAAAAAGAAGCCUCCCAAGCUUGAUCUUUCCAAUCUGCGCACCUCUCGCCUACGCAAGACUCCACAGGGUCUGCAGCGUACUGAUGGGACUGUUCUGCACGAUGUCGAAAACUCGACCGCGUCUCCUUGCGCCUCGCUGGUUACACCCACGGGCAGGCGGCAAAGUUUCCAAACACGCAACACAAAGGAUAAUAUGAUUUCAACAGACUUUGAAGAGUCCAAGCUUUCGAGGUUGACUGGCGAGAGAAGGCAUGGACGCCCAAUGAAAGAGGCGCCAUCGCUUUACGAUCACUACGAGCAGAUGACUAAACGCCAGUUGAGACGGGAGACUGAAAUGCUGGAAGGCGAACAACAAAUUCAUCAGGGAUUCAAUGAGGAGGCCUAUAUAGAAUAUGAUGAAGCGCCGUGGACAGCUCAAGAUUCGCCAUGGCUUCAGGAUAUUCUGCCGCCAACCCCACAAACGGCAUUUAUGACGGGACUGACCCCGGCAGCAUCUCACAACAGAUCCCACAGUGCCACGAGCAAGAUGACUUCAAGCACCAAGCGAUCAAAGAACCUUGACGAUUCUGUCCUGCAAGAGACUAGUAUGCUGACGCUAUCUGAAUCGGAGGAAGACGACAAACCCACGCCUUUACCACUGUCUUAUACCACAAGCCCAAGCCGCCACUUGUCGACUGGCAUAUCACGCCCGCAAUCCUCCAUAACCUCCUCGCGAGACUCGGACCAUAGGCUAGCGCGUCACUCGAAGAAAACCAGCUUUGCACCUGUCAACACGUACAUUACAUUUUCUUCUAGCAGUACACUGAACAGCGAUGCCGCAAUCCCGACCGAGGGCGGGUCAAGAUCGAGCACGCGCUAUGCUAGCAUACCGGCGAACCACAGGCCAUCAAUUUCCAACACAUCUGCCUCCUCGGCCAUACGCCCAAGUGCCAUCUACAUUCCAGAGGGCCGAUCGGUAUCCAUGCUGGCUGGCCGACAACCUGCUUCAGUAGAUAAUGGAGAGGAAAAACCCCCACUUAGGCCAGAGAGAGUGUCUUCUUUGAAAAGGCUGGCCCCUGCUGCGAGAAGAGCUCUAGCACCGAUGCCACAGGAACUUACGCCGCCUCUCAGUCCUACAUCUGUCGAUUUUUUCAUCCGCUCGGCCCGAUCGUCCCUUGAUGGUUCUGGCAGCCAAAAACGCUACAUGGCCGUCACUCAAGAGGAGGAGAAGCUGCUUUCUGCUUUCCGGAAUCAGAAGCAGCCAGACAAGGAGCCGCCUAGCGAAGUACACCAACAGCCCGCCCAUAUAUGCAGUACUGAUGCGUCGACGAAUGCAAACACAACAGAAGGGGGCGAGACCGACAGCUUUCCAGGAAUGGAUUGCAAAUCGGGUGAAGCCAAGCUCGACUUUGGAUUCCCCGCUCUACCCAGUGCUCGAAAGCGACCAUGCUUGGAGGGUACUAUAGAUGCAUCUGCCAGCAUUAGCAGUCGUGCAUCCACAGCGACAAGCGAUAAACUUUCCCAGUCAAGUAUCGCGGAGUCUGAGAGCAUAGACGUGGCCUACAAGCCAUCUCCGGCUCCUUCACCAGUAGCUCAAUAUCCCAUUGAGCGUGUGUUGGAGAAUCACAGCGUUGAGCGCCAGAAGCCAGAGCAACAGGAAGUGAUCCUGUACCUGGAUGAGGCUGAAGAAAACCGGGGUAUGCCUGACUCUUCAGCGCUUGCAUGCGUCAUCGUACCACCCUUACAGAAAGGGCACUUGAGAAAUUCGGUGCACUCGUAUUCACCGGUCCGCGACACGAAGCAAGCGCAAAUAUCUUCGUCUCCCCCACCGUCCACGACUCCUGACAGCAACCUCGCGGAUUAUGUGUAUCGUUCCUCAAACACGAUGCCAUCUGUACCUGAAGAUAGCGAGCUAGAGUACAAGCGCGAGGGAAUUCAUCAACCGAUGGGCCCUUCAAUACCCCAAGCACGGACGACAUUGAGCAGCAUGCCGCGACUGAGUGCUUUUGGAUGGUGGGGCGACGACGACUAA